AUUACUGAUCCGUUUUUAAGGUUACUUCGUUUUUGAAAUUAAAUUUGUUCAACUGUAUGAGUACAAACGUCCCCUUCAAAGUUGUCUCAUAAAUUAGCGGUUUUCUUAAAGUCCCCAAAGUUCCGUAAAUUUACCGAUCCGUACAGCUGUCCCGUCAGGUAAAAAAAAUAAUUCUGUGGGAUCAUCUGUGAGAAGAUCAAGUUGCGCAUGCGGAACCCUUCGCGCCAACGUUCCGGACAUAUGGCAGAUGUUUUGUAAUAUCAGUCAAAAGUGUACACGCCAAGUCGAUUUUUAAGCCGGAUAUUUCUCUAAUUUCUCGCUGUUCGGGGGGUCUUUUUUAGUUCUGAAACAACCCGCGUGUAAAUAUCAACCUUCCCGAAUAUGAUUCCGUGAAAAAAUCAGUUUUCUAUAGGUAUUUCGAUGUUUUUUCAAGCAGUUUUACCCGUACCUUUCGAGUCGGUUCGCUCGUCGGAAACCAUUUUGUUCAAACAGCUCCAACAUGUGAAAAUUCCGGUAGUAUUGACAGAAAAACUGCAGUUUUACGUAUGCUGAUACCAGUCGUUGGUCCAGGGACCAAAAACUUCUAAAAACCAUUUCUUUACACUUUAUCAAUGACUCAUCAAUAGCAAGUACACAAAAUGCCAAAAGCAGCAGGAGUUCGACGCAAUGAUAGUCCUGCGAAACCUUACAGGACUAUGCAUUCUACGCCUGACAUGACUGUCAUUAAGGAUUACAAUAAUAUCAAGCAAGAGUUCACCCCUAGUCCGCAUAUGAUCGAUCAUGCUUAUGGGGUGACUCCUAGAAAUCAACUGAUGACCAACACACCACAUGCAGCACCUUCUGUUAAAAGAAAACUGAACUUAGAAUCGCAAAAAUUGGUCGUACCGUUUGCUCACAAACACGAAUUCAAAACGCCUCAACCGAAAAAAACAAAGAAACAACCUGUACUAAGGAAACCACGGUACGACACGUCUCUCAGUCUCCUAACGAAAAAAUUCUCAGAUUUACUGCAAAAGAGUCAUAAUGGUGUGGUUGAUUUGAAUAAGGCUUCGAUAGAUUUAAAUGUACAAAAAAGGAGAAUAUAUGAUAUAACAAACGUACUAGAAGGUAUCGGGUUGCUGGAAAAGAAAUCUAAGAACAAUAUCCAGUGGCGGGGGGGCAAGGACAGGGGUAGUUUCUUGACGAUGAAAAAAAAGCUGAAAAUGUUGGAAGACAGGGAAAAUCAGCUGAACAGGCAGAUAGAUUUGGCAACGGAAGAAUUGAGGAAAUUGACAAAUGACAAAUAUGGUUACGUGUCGUAUACGGAUCUUCGGUCCAUAACCAAAAUGAAGCAUAAGACUGUGAUGGCUAUCAAGGCACCUCCCAAUGCACAACUAUCAGUGGAUACGGGUGAAGAAAGCCACGAAGAUCGAUACAAUAUGCGUAUUAAAAGCGAAGAAGGUUCUAUAGAGGUGUUCCUUUGUCCAGAACCCCCGUCGCCUGUCAAACCACCUCGACCAGUACCACCCAUGGACCCCCUUCUCAAAGAUAUGGGGCUCAGCCCAGGGUUGGGAUUGUUCGAUUUGGUUACAACGCCUCCAGUACCUCAGUUGGAUAGUCCGUUACCUCCUACAAAUUAUAGGCCUAUUUCAUCUCAGAUUUGUCGGUCGUUAUCCUUCAUCAAAGAUGAGCCCGACACCUCCAGUAGUAUGGACGCCACUCAAUCUACCUCUACCUCACAUUGUGGUCCUCCUCCCCCCGACCAUCUAACUUUUAACACCACACCCCCCUCUAUGGUACAAUUGGAUCCAAGACUGGAAUCGCCCAAUCAGGCACUGUCUCAAAGUCUACUGGGCGGAGCCGGCUGUUCGAGGACCACGCCCAACUUCAAGGUCACCUUCUUCACUGACAGUCCCUUGGUUGGUCUCAAAGGGCUGACGAGUAGCAGUAGUAGCAGUUAUACUGGUAUGGAUCCUUUCUUCUGUGGAGAACCCUUUGUUCCAUUGGAACCUCUUAUGCAACCUGAGUACAAUUUCAAUUUGGACACGACAGAAGGUCUAGCUGCUCUGUUUGAUUGCGAUUUCGGUACUCUUUAAGCUAAAAGAAUAUUUCCCUGUUUUUGCUCAUUCACCCACACACAGAUAUAUAAAUUUUAGUAAAAGCUGUACACUGAAAAUUCAAACUUUAACAUCCAAUCAUAAAACUCAAAUAUUUUCAACUUUAUUUCAAUGUCCAAUAAAUCUUAAAAAUCUGUACGAUUUAAAUCGUUAGGUUUUUCUCAAGAAAUUACGUGUUUCUUUUUAAAUGAAAUACAAUUUUUUCCAUUUAAAUUAAAUAAAUAAAAAAUCUAUAAUUUGUUCAAGAUCAAGGUAAUAUGCUCAAACAAAAAAAAAAUAAUGUAUUUUAAAGUUCAAUAUACAGAUUGUUAACUGGAUGGUUACUUAUUGGGGAACAGAAUGGCAACACUGCCUACAUUCCAAAUGAGUACUAAGCUAAGCUGCCGAGUCGUCCCGUCGCGUCGGCGUCGUCCCUCGACGAGCGCGCCGAGGUUGCCAUAUUUCAACCAUAAAGCUCUUGCCGCGAGUAAUAAACAAAUUAACAACCUGUAUUUUAAACUAGUGAACCGAUUUUGAUGAUUUUUUAAGCAAUUUGUAGCUAAAUUCUUUUACUUUUUAAGCCUCUGUUUAAAUUAAAAAUUAAAGUGCCCAUCUAUAUAUUAUACAACAAAAAACAAAAGGGCUUAAAAAGUCAAAUAAUUUAGCUACAAAUUGCUUAAAAAAUCAUCAAAAUCGGCCAACUAGAUCAAAAUAUACUGGACUUUAAAAUACAUGACAUUUUAAAGUGUUUUCCUGAUAUUUUGUUUGUGUUUGGUGCAUCUUGUUCUUGAACAAACUAUAUAAUUUUGGAAAUACAUAAUAAUUCCCUGGUAGUUUUGAAAUAUUUUUCUUUAAAAAACAAACUACAGAAACAAGGUAUGUGAUUUAUUUCAAAUUUAAGUUACUAAUUUUUGAAAAUAUUUUUGUUAACAGAGUUUCUAAAAAUGUUUUAGUAAAUUUUCAAAGGAUUUGAAUUUUUUUGUCAGAAGUUUUACGUGUUAAAUUUUUUUAUAUUGAACAAGAAAGUUUUAAAUUUGUUUUAAAAAUUCUGAGUCUUGUUUUAAACAACAUUCUCAUCUUUGUUAUAGUUUUCUGUAUGAAAUUUAUUAAGGUUAUGUGUAUUAAGUUGAUUUUGAUACUAAUUGGUUUGUUACUAUGGAUAUCUAAAAUUUUUAAAAAAGGGUUCAAAUCGUUUUUUUAUUUUCUCAAUUUUUUUAUAAAUCUAAUUUUAUCAAUAUUGAGAGUGAUGGACCAAUAAUUUCUGUAAUAAAAAUACAGUGUUACCAUUUUAUUUUAACCUACUUUUAACUCACCAUAACUUUUUAAUACCCCAUAUUUUAAAAGUGUAUUAGAUAGUACAAUUUUUCCUGAUUUCAAAUAACGUAUAAUCAAAAAAAAACGGCGUCAAAGACGGCUGAGGAAUGACGAUCGAUGAGAAUUUUGGCGAAGUCAAUCUCUACACGUCAUUUAGUAAAAAUUGAUAUAAAACAGGGAUAGAAGUUUCCAGACACGAAUUUUUUUUCGAAUUUUAAACUACACCAUUUAAUAAUAAUUUUUUCUCAAUAUAAAAAUAAAUUUAAAAUAAAUACACACAACUAUACAGGGUGUUAAAAAAGUAAUACUCUGUUAAAAAUGGGGCAAAAUAAGAUUCUAACACUACAGUGUUAUAAUUUAUAUUGCUAUAUCUAUUAUGUUUCUUGUGCUACACUUUGUAAAGAAAAAAAUACAUAGAAAAUUUUAACAAUUUCUGACAUUUUGGAAAAAAAUUUUAGAUUAAUUUUGCCUAAAUUUUUCGUUUAUUUGCUUAGUGUGGGAUGUGUGACAUCUAAUCCUAUGGUAUUAUUUUCAAGUACCAUCAAUAAAACCAUAUUGUGGUACUUUUUCGUACUGAAAAUGCUAUUUUUAUAUAGUUUUAUAUUUGGAUUUUUACAACUUACGUAUAUACAAGCAAAACAAUAAUUGUACAUUAAAUGUUUUUUUAUGUUUUUUUAAAGAUUACUUAUAUAUGUAGUUACUUAUAUAUAUUAAUGUGUUAAGUUUCUGUGCAAAGUGUAUAUUUACGAUUUAAGUCGAAAAAGAAUCGAGAAAUUAAAAAAAAUCAAUGUAUUAUUUAAUUUUAUUUAUUUAUAUGGUAUUUAUUACCUUUUCUUCAUUAAACGUCGAAAAGUUAAACAAACACAAAAACCAAAUGGAUAGAAGUAAGUGCCUUUUGUUAUUUGGUUUUGUUUAUUUUUACUAAAUAUUUAAGUUAUUACUACUCAUUAAAAAUUAAAAAACUCCCACUUAAAUAAAUGCUCCCGUUUAAAUUAAAAAUCCCACUUAAAAUAAAACAACUCUAAUUUAAAUAAAAAAAUCCUUUUAAUAAAAAUGGGAUUUUCUCAGCGAUAUUAAAAAAUAACUCUCAUUGGCGUACGUUUACUUAAUUAAGUUUUACCAUCGAAUCUUCCAUAGGCUUUACCAAAUUUGCUAAUAUGUACUAACUGGAGGAAAAAUCCCAUUUUAAUAAAAAAAAACGCCCACUUAAAUAAGAUACUCCCAUUUAAAUUAAAAAUCCCACUUAAAGAAAAUCCUUUUAAUAAGAAUGGGAUUUUCUCAGCCAUAUUAAGAAAUCCCUCUCUUUGGCGUACGUUUACUUCAAGUUUGGCCAUCGAACCUUUCUUUGGCCUUAACAAAUUUGCUAAUAUGUACCAAAUAGAGGAAAAAUCCUACUUUAAUAAAAAAUCCCAUUUAAAUAAAAAAGCUCCCAAUUAAAAAAAAAUAAUUUUAAUAAAAAUGGGAUUUUUUAUAUAAAAGAAACUCCCAUUUUAAUAAAAAAAGCUCCUAUACAAAUAAAAAAAAAUUCCCAUUUCAAUAAAAAUGGGAUUUUUUACCCAGAUUAAGAAAUGCCUCCCAUUGACGUAUUUUUAAUUAAUUAUAUUAAACGGGAUUUUUCUUAAUUUAAAUGGGAUAAACAAAAAAGUUCCGUUUUAAUAAAAGUGGGUCUUCUUUGUUUUAGUGUUUUUUUUUACUGAAAGUUGGAAACGUUUUUUUGGUUAUAUAUUUUCUUAUUUUCAAAAACACAUCAACAGCUCCAACGUUAAGUUUAAUUUUCGAAAAAAAACUAAAAAUGAUGGAAUCAUAUGGUGCCAUUCAAUAUAUAUUCCAAUUGUAAAUAUAUUUAUAUACGUAUAUGUUUAUUGGGCAUUUUUCAGGUUUGUUUGUUUUACUUUUAAAUUCUUCUCAUGUCUUCUACAAAGAAAAAAAAAA